AUGGUACUUCCAAUUAUAAUUGCAGCUGGGAUUACAGUGUUUGCAAUAACCGUAAAAUCUGGUUUACGAGCAUGGGACGUUUAUAGAAGGUUAACUCCAGCCAUGAUAGCACGGCUUAACAAGAUUAAUGUGGAAUAUAAGGAUUUCUACAAUCCUAGUUCUAAAUAUCGUAGUUAUUUGCCCGAGCACCUACGUCAGCAACUAGAACAAUAUCAAGGAGGGUUUAAUAAGAAAAUGAAUGAGAUGGAAGCUAUGAUGAUACUAUCUAUAACUUCUGAUGAAAUUAAAUAUUUAGAUGAUAAAAUGCUGAAGAAAAAACAUAGGACGUCAAUGAUAAUGAAUCAUCCGGAUAAAGGCGGAAGUCCUUAUGUGGCAAUGAAGAUCAAUGAAGCCAAGGAACUGCUCGAGAAGAGUUCCCUACUUAGAAGAUACUAA